AUGCCUCCCAUCUCGACCUACUUCGCCCAUCUGGUCGAUUCAUUAGACAAAUGGGCGACAUAUACGCGAGGUGUCAUUGACCAAACAUCUUUCAGGACAUUGGCCGGUGUGGCAGGCGUUAUUUCAUCAACAGCGACAUCAACAUCUGGGACCUCAGCGAUAGCCGAUCUUUCCCGUUGUCCUGGCUAUGAGCUGAAACAUGUUGCCCUGACAGCAUCUUCGUUAACUGCAAGUCUGCAACUGGCUGGUGAGCCGUGUAAUGUGUACGGGGCUGAUAUUAAAGACCUGAAGCUGUUGGUUGAAUAUCAAACUGACGGCCGUCUUCAUGUCAAAAUCUACGAUGCCGCAGAAGAUGUGUAUCAAAUCCCGUCCGAAGUACUUUCCUUCCCACAAGGAAGCGACAACACGGCAGAUCCAUUACUCAAAUUCUCCUACACUGAAUUACCAUUUUCAUUUACAGUACAACGCAGCGACACCAAUGAGACUGUAUUCGAUACAUCUGCUAACCCACUGAUCUUCGAACCACAAUUCGUCCACUUGCGCACCUGGAUGCCAACAGAUCCGUACAUAUAUGGGCUAGGUGAAGAUGUAGAUUCCUUCCGUCGUCAGACGAAUAACUACAAGCGGACUAUUUACAAUGUGGGAGAUGCAUUCUUACCCAAAAAUGCGAAUUUAUAUAGCAGUCACCCGAUUUACCUCGAAAUGAGGGAUGGGCAAGCACACGGUGUCUACAUUGCUAGUAGUAACGGAAUGGAUAUUUUCAUCAGCAAAACCGAGGAUGGUCAGCAGUACCUGGAAUAUAAUCUGAUCGGGGGAGUUUUGGAUUUUUACUUUUUUGCUGGACCUAGUCCGUUUGAUGUUGGACGGCAAUAUGCAGAGGUCGUUGGUGCGCCUGCGGAACAAGCAUACUGGACAUAUGGAUUCCACCAAUGUAAAUACGGAUAUCAAGAUGUAAUGAUGGUGGCUGAAAUGGUGUACAACUAUUCCGAAGCAAAUAUCCCUGUCGAGACAGUCUGGUCCGACAUUGACUACAUGAAUCUGCGUCGUACCUGGACGCUGGAUCCGGAGCGCUUCCCACUACACAAAGUGCGCGAGCUGGUAGAUUAUCUGCAUGAUCAUGACCAGCACUACGUGGUCAUGGUCGAUCCUCCAAUUUCAGUUGAUGAUCCGGCCACCUACGACAAACUCAUGGAAAGCGAAGCUUACUUCAGGAAUAACGACGGCUCUGUGUUUCUUGCGGGCAUGUGGUCUGGUGCCACGGCAUUUGUGGACUGGUUCCAUCCAAAUGCACAGGAGUACUGGAGCAGUCUGAUCUUGUCAUUCUUUGAUGAAAAGACAGGUGUCGACGUUGAUGCAAUCUGGAUCGAUAUGAAUGAGCCCGCAAACUUUUGCCCCUAUCCAUGCGAAGACGCGAUAGCCUGGUCCAAAGCCGCCGGUAUCCCUCCCUCACCACCGCCACUACGCGAUUCAUGGCGUGAAAUGCCCGGAUUCCCAGACAGCUUACAACCGCCCAGCGCCAAAAGUCUAAGUAAACGCCAAUCUAGCGGCGAACGUAUCGGUCUUCCCGGGAGAGAUCUGCUGAAUCCUCCUUACCCACUCGGUACAGUCGAUGGAAUAAUUUACGGCGGCACAAUAUUCACCGAUAGAUACCAAUACGGCGGAUACGCCUUUUAUGAUACCAAGAACCUCUUUGCAUCGAGCAUGAUGCAAGCUACACGCAACGCCAUGUUGGAGCGUCGACCCAACAAGCGCCCACUGAUUAUAUCGCGCUCGUCCUUUGCAGGAGAUGGAAAGAGAUCAGGCCACUGGACUGGUGAUAACAUCUCCUCUUGGGACCACUACCGCAUCUCUAUCCGACAAAACAUUGAAUUUGCCGCCAUAUUCCAAAUGCCCACCAUCGGCGCCGACGUGUGCGGCUUCAACUUCCAGACCUGGCCAACUCUAUGCUCCCGGUGGGCUGUUCUGGGGGCAUGGUACCCGUUUUAUCGCAACCAUGCCGACAUCACGGCCCCCUUUCAAGAAUUCUACAGAUGGCCUGAGGUUUCUGACGCAGCGCGAGCAGCGAUAAAGACCCGCUAUCAGUUAUUGGACUAUUUCUAUACGGAGUUUCAUUAUCAGACCGUUGAUGGGACGCCGAGUACCAUCCUCCCUCUCUUUUAUCUAUAUCCGCACGAUCCGGUGACGCUAGAUAUUGAGUUACAAUUCUUCUAUGGCUCGGCCUUGCUAAUCUCCCCAGUCACAGACGACGAGUCGACCAGCGUCACAUUCUACCUGCCGAAGGGAAUAUGGUACGAUUUCUGGACCGGAGAAAAACUCUCCAUCGGCUCUUCCUUCUCAACCCAGGGCGGGCAAGCAGUGAAGGCAGAGAAUGGAGAAUGGAUAACCCUCCAAGACAUCGCCUUCGACCAGAUCCCCGUCCACAUCCGCAGCGGCACGAUAAUCCCCUUGCGUGUGGACGGCGCGAAGACGACUACUCAAUUGCGCAAGCUAGAUUUUGAGCUUGUUGUUGCCCCGAACGAGGACGGAAAAGCAGAGGGGCGGCUGUGGUUGGAUGAUGGGGAGAGUGUUGAUACGGGAAGUAAUACGAGUGAGAUCCUGGUUGAGUAUGAUACUGCUACGAAGAAGUUGCGCGUGGGUGGACGGUUUGGGUAUAAGUCUGGUGUUAAGAUUCGGAAGGUUACUGUUCUUGGAGAGGGUGGCAGUGUUGCCACUGGGGGAGAGGGACAGGGACAGAGUCCGUUGGGAGCUGGGAAGGGGCAUGGAAGGACGGUCGAUGUGGAUAUGGGGUUGGAUGAGGGUUUCAGUAUUUAUAUUGGUUAG